AUGCCCAGCUUAUUCUACAUACUGCUCUCGCCAGUCCUGUUGUUCAUUUCAAUUCCUCUCUCAUUAUUCGCUGCUCUUACAACCACGCUAGCCUUUUCUACUUUAUUCUUUCGUGCUCUUCUUGUAUAUGCAGAGCUCGGGGCCGUGUUAAUACAGAAUAAAUUUGCCAGUCAACAUGCAAAUGAAAAGACUCUAGUGCCCACAAGCGUGACUCCAGCUGUUGCAGAGGGAAAACAGCCGCGGCACAAGAGCAGAAGAAGCAGUGCAGGUAGCGGAUCCAAUGGUGGAUCUACAACCCCUAGACUUCCGGAUACCGGUUUUGGCAUCUACAGCGGUGGUGGGGUAGUACGCGACUUUGAAGGGGUGGGGGGGUGGAGAGUCCCAGGCACACCUGAUGAAGAUGCCAUAUGGACGUCUCUGAAUUCUCGACUCGAAUUGCCUGCAAUGGUCGAUGGCCGCCGGCGCAAUCAUCACCGCUCAAGAACUUCCGGUAGCCUCACAACCGUGUCUUUACCUCUCAAUUCGCCCGUGCGAUCUCGCGCGAGGACCCCCACAAGCGUUCGAGUAGGAGGGAGUACCAGUCCCGAAGAGUAUUUUGCCAACCGUGCACCCUCCAAAUCGACGACCGCUUUGGAUGCAGCCAACAUCUGA